AUGCUUCAGGUCGCUAACGCCACGAGACAGUCCGUUUCGUUGCGAGCACCCGAUCCUUUGCUGGACGGUCGGCACAAUUCAUGUUUCACCGACGGCGUUCUAGGUAGGAAGAAAGAGCAGGCUGACCGCAAUGAAGGAGAGAAGAGCCGUGCUGGAUCGCCGGAGUCGAGAUGUCUCAACGAAGAUGAUGCGGCAUCACCACAUGUCCGUCACCUCCAAGACGGAGCAGAAAAAACCGGAGUUCUACGGGAAGAAAAAAGGGCCGAAUUAAAUGCAGGCCUGAACGCCUUUCAAGAGAGUUUCUACAAGUUUGAGCCGAACAAGUUGAGGGUUAACCCGGGUGUCCCGUACUGCAAGCCAUGGCAACCUCUCGCCGAGUUACGAUACGACGUUCCAUCAGAUGACUCCUUCGAUCACCGUGAACCCAGUACAGCGGCUGACGGUUUUGUAUCAUUGUCGCCUGCUGCUCGUUUUGACAACGCUGCGGCAGGCCUGGAAAGGAAGGGACUGGGCAUCUGA